UUGGUUAGUCGUUUGGUCGGUGAGCUAGCUGGUCGUAUAGCACACAGCCAUGAAUUGUGGCUGUGGCAAAAAUCAAGCAACAUUUGACUUUUGCCUUUAGACCAAUGCGGACGUGUUCACCAGGCGUCGUUGUCGUGCUUUUCGAUUGCGUUUUGUGUUUCGCCCCAAAAGUUACGCGUAAGGAUCUUCGUUCGCCGUGUUUUUCUCUGUGUGUGUGUUUUUUCGUAUUGAACCUUUGUUGCUCGAAUGUAACACCAACUUAAAGUGGAAUUUUAUUUUGUCAAAGUGAAUUGAAAAGAAGUGAGUGUGCCGGCGAGAAUGAAGCCACGACUGAAUGUCAUGUUGUUGCGGUGAAAUAAAAGUUUUUCAUUGAAAUUGACUUUGUGCUGGAUGCGUAUAAGAAGAAUAAGAUGAACCACAACAACAAUAACAACUUUACAAAAUAGAAACAACAAGGAAAACUAAACAAACCUUAAUGAUGUAAUUUAAUUAUACCUUAAGUACCGCUGUAAGGACAUCAUCACCGUCUACGUGUAUUUUACUUCCUUUGCGCCUUUGGUUGUGACUUGAUUUGCUCUGCAUUGACUUUUGUGGUUGUGAGCGUGGUCGUGUUUUGUUUUUGCUGAAAACAAAUUUUGAAAGAGAGUUUCGGUUUUUGUCUUGGCGACUCCAGAGAUUUGUGCUGCAAAAACUUGGAACAUUCCAAAGCAUGUUAAUGGUACUGCCAGCCUGCCCGCCGGGGGUCAAGUGUACUUAUAUUAUGAGAUUAUGACUGUGCUGAAAUGCCAAUACAUGUGCGUGUAUUUUGGACUUUAAAUAAAUAGGAACUAUAAUAAAAAUAUAUAUAUGUACAAAACCAAAGAAAAAAUAACAGAGAACGGAACAAAAACUAGUCGCAACCAGGCAAUCUCUUGAAGUUUAUAGUCUGAACUACAAAUCACAGCUUUUCAACGUGUUCAUUGUCAUCGUGUCUAUACAUUUGGUAUUAAUAGUGCAGCAGCAGCCGCAGAAGUAGCAGCAGUCGCACCAUCAACAUCAAUAGGCCUUGAAAAAGGCAGCCGGGCCACCAUCACUCAGUCGGUUGGGCGCACCACCAGUUGGACAGCUAUCCAGUCGUUUUGCGUUACCAGUUAGCCUGGCCAACAUUGGGAGACACAUUUUGGCAAUAUGUCACAUUUUCAAAGGCGACGACGACAGUUUGGCGAACCUUGUGAUUGUCUAAAGCCGCUGAUACGAAUUUUUGGUAUAAUGGCCGCCUUUGUUAUUUGCGGCGUUGGAGUCGAUGUCUAUGUGCAUGGGUAUCAGGCGGGACUAUUGAUAUUGAUUUCAUCAAUAAUUAUUUUAUUCUUUGAAAUCAAAUGGGUCAUAACUCUUUUUCUUCAAUUAAUAUUUGGCAACGAUAACUAUUCCAAGUGUUUACGUUGCUGGGAGCUGAGCAAAUACUUCGGCAGUUGGCGUCUAUCCCUGCCGUACCUUACAAUUGGCAUUGCUCUUAUGCUGUGGCCCCACAAUUUAUGGCUGAGCUAUGUAGCCGGUGGUUUACUCAUCUUGGUGGCAGUGCUGCGGCUGUGUCUGGUCUUUCGCUUUAGCAACACGAUAAGCAAGGAUGAGGGUCUUUUGCCGCAAUGUGAUUUUGAAAAAGUUGACAGUGGUCCCGAUAUCGCCGAAGAGGGAUUUGUUGAAAUUGGACCCAGUCUGGAUGAAGAUGAGGCCUUGGAUGAUGUUUGUUAAUAUUUGAUGAAUUGAAUUAAGUAAUAAACAUUUAUUAUUACUAUUGUAAUUUGUAGUUGUAUAAAAUAGUAUAUUAAGAGUAAAUUGUACUUAUACACACAGAAACACACAUACACAUACACAAAACCAAUUCACAAACAAACAAUCUUACAUUGCAUUA